ACAUUCCUAUUUGCAUGAGAGAAAUGUUGGAGGGUAUGGGACAGGUAUAGGAGAUAGCUAGUGCUCCGAAGGUGCAGGAACAGCUUCAGCUGGAAUCCAAAGGAAUAGGCACAUUUUGCAUAUUUAUAAAAAGUGGAGCAUGGAAGAAAACCAUAUGCGAAAACUUAGUUGCGUCCCUUAAGAGGAGCAGGACUUGUGGCUGCUGGUUUUCUGAGGGCCCAGGGGUGCUGCAUCACAAGGUUCAUUGUGACAUCUCCCUCUGCUGGCUCAUUGGUCGCCAGAGCUCUAGAAGGCCUGGGAUCUCCUAUGCUUGGAUCAUUCUGUGAUUGCGAAGGAGAAGACAUGCUUCGAAGAUUGCGAAGAGCAUUUUCCCAAAUGGCCAAAAAAAAUAAUAAAGUGUGCCCUCUCCCCGAGUCCUCCCCCCUGCCCCCCGCCCGCCCCUCCUGCUCCUCCUCCCGCGGACCCCUUUUCCAAAGGACCAGAAAGGCUCCACUGGCACCUCAAGGAAAAGGAAAACAAAGUCACCCAGAAGAAGAGCUCGUCCUGGAAGACCUGGAGGAAGAGGCGUGAAGAGAUGAAGAUGUAGCGCUGCCCUGUCAGCAUGCGCCGCCCCAGGCCAAGGCCAUUUGCUGGCCCAGCAGUGGAAGCAGCACGUGCCAGAUGUACAGUUGUGAAAUAACGGAUGCAAUGAAAAAGGUGUUUGGUGAGCACAAAGCCAGUGACCGCAUGGUGAGUGGAGCUUACCACCAGGAGUUUGGGGAGAGUGACGAAAUUACUCAAGCAAUCAACAGAGUUAACAAGUUUGUGGAACGUGAAGGUCGGAGACCACGUCUUCUUGUGGCAAAAAUGGGCCAGGAUGGCCAUGACAGAGGAGCCAAAGUGAUUGCUACGGGAUUUGCUGACCUUGGGUUUGAUGUGGAUAUAGGCCCACUCUUCCAGACACCCCGUGAAGUGGCCCAGCAGGCGGUAGAUGCAGAUGUGCAUUGCGUGGGGGUGAGCACCUUGGCUGCUGGCCACAAAACGCUUGUUCCUGAACUCCUCAAAGAGUUGCAUGCCCUUGGCCGCCCAGACAUUCUCGUCAUGUGUGGAGGAGUCAUCCCUCCUCAGGAUUAUGACUUCUUGUAUGACUCUGGUGUUUCCAAUAUAUUUGGCCCUGGAACCCGAAUCCCAAAGGCAGCUAUCCAAGUUCUUGAAGAUAUUGAGAAAUGCUUGGAUAAGAGGCAGCAAUCUGUGUAAACUUCUGUCUCAUAACAAACUUUGUAUCUCAUGGUGAAUUUUAUAGUUUGUGUUGAUGCAUUGUGAUCUGUUGAUAAAAAGAAGGAAUUUUUUGCGAAAUCAUCUGCAAUGUCUGGUGUUGCCUUAUGCUUUCUAAGAAAGUAGGAAAUUAUCUGCAAUAUUAUUACAUAUGUAAAACCUAUCAAAGAAUCUAAAUGAAAUGAGUAAAUUUCAAAAUUUUGCAUAUAAGACUCCAUUAUAUCUGAAAUACACUUCAGAUCUUUGGAAAUGCAAAUUACAAUUUAAAAUAAAUGUUACUGAUACAGAAAGGUGGUGAAAUUAUGUCAUGUCGUUUCAUACUGUUUGUUCACAUGCCUCUUGCCCUUUCGGUCCAGUCUCGUUGCCCUAGCUUUGUUUGCUUGUCAGAUUGACAAAUAUCCAUUCCCUACCCCUGGUAGUCUGCCUCAGGCACAGGCAGCCUUCGGCCCUCCAGAUGUUUUGGCCUACAACUCCCAUGAUCCCUA